AAGCGACUGCCCUUUGAGCUCUGAACUGCAGUCCUCCCCGACUAAUCUGCAGCCCGACUCCUCUCUGUGUCUUUCGGCCCCAACCCACGCUCUCCAGUACAUUUCGUAGACCCUACCAACCUCCUGACAGUCCCCCAGAAUGUCUGGAGCUGCAGAUCGCGAGGCCGUCUUCCCGACGCGCCAGUCGCUGGGUAUCAUGAAGGCCAAGCUCAAGGGAGCCGAACAGGGACACAGUUUGUUAAAAAGAAAGAGCGAAGCCCUCACCAAGCGCUUUCGAGACAUUACACGAAGAAUCGACGAAGCAAAGCGAAAGAUGGGUCGCGUCAUGCAGAUUGCUGCGUUCUCCCUCGCCGAAGUCACAUACGCAGUAGGAGGAGACAUUGGCUAUCAAGUACAAGAGUCGGCGCGGCAGGCCCGCUUCAGAAUCAGAACAAAGCAAGAGAACGUUUCUGGUGUCUUGCUACCGGCAUUCGAAAGCUACCAGACCGAGGGCAACAACGACUUUGGCUUGACCGGUCUCGGCAAAGGUGGCCAGCAGGUACAGAGGUGCAGAGAGACGUACGCCAGAGCCGUGGAAACACUGGUCGAGCUCGCCAGUCUCCAGACGGCCUUUGUUAUCCUCGACGAGGUCAUCAAGGUCGUCAACCGAAGAGUCAACGCCAUUGAGCAUGUCAUCAUUCCACGAACAGAAAACACCAUCAAGUACAUCAACUCUGAGCUUGAUGAGCUGGACAGAGAGGAGUUCUAUCGUCUGAAGAAAGUUGCCGGCAAGAAGCAAAGAGAUGUUGCUGCUGCUGAUGCAGAAAUGAAGGCCAAGAAGGAGGCACUGGCAAAGGCAAAGGCAGACGCCGUUAAUGGUCAGGAGAACGUAGCGCCAGAGGAGGACGACACACCAGCUGAUAUAUUAGCUUCAACCGAGGAUGAAGAUGUCAUUUUCUAAAGACAUUGUGCCCGAAUCGCGACCAUGACGGCAAGCUGCGUGUAUACAGCACCGUGGCCCUUUUUUGUCUUUUUUUCCCCUCCGCUUUAAAGCCGAUCGAGAC